CCGAGUUCUAUUUCUUCAGAAGAAAUCGAAGAAUCGAAGGAUUUACAUAUAGUAAUAGUUGCUUCAAAUUUCUGCCGAUAGUAUUAUUGUUUUCGACGUACCGUCAGCGUUAUUUUUUAUUAUAUAUAAAAUUUAUUUCGACUUUUACACGGCUUCGACAUGUCGGACAACGAUUCUAAGUCAGGAAUUCUCUAUCUUUUCGAUCGGCCUGCUGAACCAGUUUAUGUGCCUAAAGGAGACAAACGUGUCGCUUUUGACAUACCACCUGAUUACUUGCCCGAUCAAUAUCGCCCUGCUGCUGUUGACAUAUUCAAUCGAUUCGGCGAGACAGCUGAUUCGAAGAUAUCCGUGAAGCAGAUUAGUUUACCAGAUCUUACUAUUCCCUUGCAACUUGGACGUAGGGAACCCUUUUCUUUGUUCAUUCCGGCUCAUCGUAAAGUAGCUGCUCGUCUGAUUGAUAUAUUCAUGGGUAUGAGGACCUACGAGGACUUCCUAUCGGUAUCAGUUUAUUGUCGUGAUCGAAUGAAUCCAAAUAUGUUUAUUUACGCUCUCUCAGUCGCUAUACUACAUCGUCCGGAUACAAAGAAUCUACCGAUUCCUCCAUUGCACGAAGUAUUCCCUGAUAAGUAUAUAGACGGUGGUAUUUUUUCUCGUGCUAGAGAAGAAGCAAACAUAUCGUCCGCUGGUCAAAGGAUUCCCAUCGAAAUCCCACGGGAUUAUACUGCUUCCGAUCUCGAUGAGGAGCACAGAGUCGCUUACUGGAGGGAAGAUAUCGGGGUCAAUCUUCAUCACUGGCACUGGCAUCUGGUAUAUCCAUUCGAGGCCGACGUCAGGAUCGUUAACAAGGAUCGACGUGGGGAGCUCUUCUACUAUAUGCAUCAGCAGAUCCAAGCCAGAUAUAAUUGCGAACGUCUGUGCAACCGAUUGGGACGCGUUACGCGAUUGAUAAACUGGCGAGAACCUAUUCCUGAAGGAUACUUCCCAAAGUUGGACUCAUUGACCGCAAGUCGAACCUGGCCAGCUCGUCCUACCGGUGCCGUUCUCCGUGAUAUCAGCAGGCAGGUCGAUCAAUUGGACUUUGACAUUCAGGAUUUGGAGAGAUGGCGAGAUCGCAUUUAUGAGGCCAUUCAUACCGGAUCGAUCAUCAAUAUCAAAGGAGAAAGAGUACCGCUUACGGAAAAAAGUGGUAUUGACGUUCUUGGAAACAUCAUGGAGUCUAGUAUACUAAGUCCUAAUUCGAAUCUAUACGGUGAUCUUCAUAAUCUUGGUCAUGUAUUGAUCUCUUACGUUCAUGAUCCGGAUAAUCGUUAUUUGGAAUCUUUCAGUGUUAUGGGUGAACCUGCUACAGCUAUGAGAGAUCCAGUAUUUUAUAGAUUCCAUGCAUUCUGUGAUGAUAUUUUCCAAGAACAUAAAAAUACCCUGCCCGAGUAUAGCGUACAACAACUAGAUUUUCCAGGAGUAGAGAUCACUGAUAUUCGAGUGACUACAGCAAAUCAACCUCCAAAUAAUCUGUACACCUUCUGGAAUAAGAGCGAUAUCGAUUUGUCUCGUGGCCUCGAUUUCACGCCACGUGGUCCAGUCCUCGUCAGAUUCACUCAUCUCAACCAUUCAGAUUUCACCUAUAGGAUCGUUGCAAACAAUCGUAAUAAUUCACCUAAAAGGGGUACCGUUCGGAUAUUCAUGUCACCUAAAGUAGACGAACGUGGCUUGCCAUUCACUUUCAGACAACAGAAAAAUUUGAUGAUGGAAAUGGAUAAAUUCACGGUUAUGUUACGUCCUGGCCAGAAUAAUAUUGAGCGUAGUUCGAACCAAUCCUCGCUAACGAUUCCCUUCGAAAGAACCUUCCGUAAUGUUGAUGAGAAUAGACCAAUCAGUGGUGACAGUCUCGAACAGUUCAACUUCUGUGGUUGUGGCUGGCCACAACAUUUGCUUAUACCUAAAGGAAGCAAAGCUGGAUACGCUAUGGAUCUCUUUAUCAUGAUAUCUGAUUACACUGGUGAUGCGGUAGAACAGGAAGAAUCUAGCGGUUGUAAGGAUGCCGCGAGUUUCUGCGGAUUGAGGGACCGCAAAUAUCCGGAUGCACGUCCCAUGGGUUAUCCGUUUGAUCGUAGACCACGUGCUGGCGUUGAUAAUUUGACACAAUUCCUCACCGGAAAUAUGGCGGUCACUACGAUAACCGUAAACUUCACCGAUUCGGUCGUACCAAGGACUAGAUCGGGCAGCAUGAGUAACACAUUGAACUUCGCUUAAAUUGGACUCCUUCGAUUAUUUUUUUUUCUUUUCACGCUACUUUCCUCUCUAUGGCUUAUUGGAUGGGGAUACUCGUGACUUCACGAUCUUCAUGGGAUGAAACUAACCAAAGGGAAAACGGAGAAACGAUUAUUCCCCGUACAUUUUUUUUUAUUUUUUGGUUUGUUUGUUGUAAUCGAACGAGAGACGUUCGACGUUCACAGAAGACAAAAAAAGUAAAAAAAGAGGACAAUUUUAUUUUCUUUCGUAAUCAAUGAUUGUAAGCUUAGAAGUUGGUAUAUCCGAUCUAGGAAUCUCUUUUCUUGAUACUAUCUGGAUCUUCUAUUUUCUCGGAUUUAUUUUUCUAAGGGAGAUCACUGAAAGAUCCUUGGUUGGCAAGAUGAAAACACGGAAAUCGAAACCGCGUGGAAAAUCGAAACGUUAUCCGUUUUCCGUUUCUCUCUCUCUUUUUUCUUCCUAGUCGGUUAUCAUCCUUUUAUUCUAUGUUUAUUCGUGGUAACGAUAUCCUCGUUCUUGUUUCUCAUCCUUCUUGCAUUAUUGCACUGGAGGAACUAGAUUGUAGAAAGCAAAUGAAAAAGAACAAAAAAAAAAAAAAAAAAAGAAAAAACAAAAAAAAAAAAAAAGAAAACAAAAAAAAUACGAUGAAAUAAAGGCAAAGGCGAUUAUGCAGAUUA